CCUGUCACUAGUGGGUAAAACGCAAUGUGGGAUUAUUAAUAGAAAUCGUUAAUUGUGAAUUAUUCAGAUUAUAUUUCAGAAAAUGUUUCGUCUGAAAAGUCUGCGACCUAUAUUUAUUUGGAGUAAUGCUAGAGCUUUACAUGCUAAAGUCAUGGCUCAGUGCAGUCAGUGUGUCUCUGGGAGAAAGCGAGACUUUUCCAGUGCUUUGCUCGGUACCUCUAAAGUCAGAGUUUGCUGCGUAACACCGAUUAGAUUAUACACCGACUGGCCAGAUCAAGACCCAACCUUUCAUACAACAGAAAACCGUCGUUUGGCAUGUCAGAGAACGGAUACAGAGACAGAGCAGAAUCACAAUACUGUUAAACGCCAGCCAGUUUUCAACAUCGACGUGUUGGUUUCUCUGCUUCGUCAAGAGAACGCCGUCGACAUAUGUGUCAUCCGAGUCCCCGCGGAGAUAAAAUACUGCGACUAUUUCGUCGUCGUUAGUGGUUCGUCGACAAGACACAUUCGGGCCAUGGCUCUUUAUGCAAUCAAAGUGUACAAAUUUAUGAGAAGCGAUGACGCACCUCAUGCACGGGUUGAGGGGAAGGAUGCUGAUGACUGGAUGUGCAUAGACUUUGGUACCAUGGUAGUACAUUUCAUGCUUCCCGAGACCAGAAUGAUCUACGAGCUGGAGAAGCUAUGGACACUCCGAUCUUUUGAUGAACAGUUGAGCAGUAUCCCUGCGGAACAACUUCCUCCAGACUUUGUUUAUGGAGCUGAGGACACCAAGUGAUGCAUGAUACUGAACUUUUAUGGCUCAGCACAGAACAUAACUGGAACUAGAAUACAUUGGAGUUCUGCGUUGUUAAAACAGUGCUUGUUGAUAAAAUGUACUUUCUCUGUUUGUUCACUGGUUAACAAACUCGUUUGCAAAGUGAACCCUAUGAAACAAUUUACUUCAUGUUCAGCAGGGCCCUUCCUUGUCACUUGAU